CUAGUUUGCACCCAAACAAUUGCGUGGUUUGCAUAGAGGGAUCCCUUCCUUUCUUUGACCCAACCUAAAAACCUAUAUAUAUAAACACAACAUUCCCAUUCUCCACCGCACAGCCUACACAAGAGCGAGCUUCUUCAUCGUCCCAUAAUUAUUAUAGUUGUUAUAAAGUAACACACUCUAUGGGGAACUGUACUUCUUGUUCUUAUGUCUCUAAUAGUAUUGCUGUUAGUAUUGGGUUUUUGAAAAAGAGAGGAAAGGGUACUAAAACAGCGAUGCUCGUUGACACUGGUGGGAACAUUCGGGAGAUCAAGCUACCCGUGAAAUCCGCGGAGCUCAUGAUCGAAGAAAUCGGCCACGUCAUCACUCCGGUGGACGAACUCUGGAGAACACGACGGAUUUCGGCCUUACGGGCCGAUGAGGAGCUUGUGGCGGGGAAGGUUUACCUGCUGGUGCCUGCGAGUAGGGUCCAUUCCAAGGCUUCGGAGUUUGAGAUGGCGAUUGCUGAGAAAGAGAAUGGCCAAAGAAAGAGACCGAGUGGAAAUAACACGGCGAAGGUUUCACCGUCACCGGCUUCGAGGUUAAGGGAAAGCGACGAAGAAAACGAGGUUGCCAUUUUCACUGUCUGUCGAAAGCGGGGGAACCAAGGACGAUGGAAUCCUGUUCUGGAACCUAUUUCCGAAUUCUCCUGAGUUCACAAUUUGACCAACAAUUUUAACCUUAAAAUCAUCACACACCUAGAUCGUGUUCAUUUAUAUUGUUAUUUUAACUUUUUACACUGAAACAGAUACAUGGAUGAUGGAUCGAGUUUAAUAUUUUUAAAUUGUCGCGGGUAAGUGUAUUCAAGGAGUCUCAAGCUGGUUGAAGUUCAUAAACCCUAUGCCAAUUAAAGAUGUAUUGGGGCAGAAUAUAUAUGUAUUUAAGAAAAUUGAGUUGAGAAUUCACCUCAA